AUGUCGAGAGAAGGCGCGCAUGAUGUGCUCCCGUUGCCGAAUUGGGACGAUGGAGAGGAACUAGAUUAUAGCGAGGAUUUCACGGAUCCCGUGCAAAAUGACGAUUUCGUCGAAGAACCGUGCUCAAGCAACAACGUCACUUCGCCGAGUCUCCCACGAAUGGAGGAAUUAGAGCCAGAGGGUAGCAGAAAUAUUGGCCCAAGCCUCCCCGCCGGAUUUGUACUGGAUAAUCGCAUACAUCCAGACGAUCCAGAAGACCCAGGCUCACAAUCGAGACGAAUGCCUGGAUCUGAUAAUGAUUCACUUCCAUCAUUGCCGGUGAUCGGGCCAGAGCUCCCUUCACGACAAAUCGGACCCGCUCUUCCUGCAGCGCUCGCUCCACGAGACGAUGCGCCAUCACUUCCCGACGCAGAAUUGCGAGCUAGAUCGCCUGUUGACUUUGGAGUCACCAAUCACAUCCCGCCACCGGAGCCAACUGCUCGUCACAUCGGCCCCUCUCUGCCUACUGAUUUUCAAAAUACGAAUGGGGGUGACGUCGAAAUUGAAGUACCACGACUACAAAAUGAAUCAGCUGCGAUUGGUCCGAGCUUACCACCCGGCCUUGUGAUGCCAUUGAGCGACGACGACGAUCAAGGCGGACAGGAACAUUACAUGGAGCUACCAUCAGACGAUGAUGAGGUGAUUGGCCCUUCGCUGCCCUCAUCAAGCCAAGAAACAGAGGAGCUACGAUAUUUGCAACGGCUUGCUAAGUUGGAAGAGGAUAAAGAUAAGGAGAAAAACGCUAUGAAACGUGAAGAAUGGAUGGUUUCAUUGCCGAAAAAAGGGAAUGUUGCCAAUGUGUUGGGUGCUCGAACGUUUUCGAAGCGAGGUGUCGCUGAGGUAUCGAAUGAAUGGAUGGAAACACCGGCUCAAAAGCGGAAACGACUUGAAAAUGGUGAUGGCCCUUCAACCAGUUCAGCAGAAACGGUGGAACGACGCGCUGCGCAAGUACGAGACACAGAACAAGCAGCAAUCUCAGCGAGUUUGAAUGCACAUCGUGGUGACAGCUUGUUGGAUCAGACGCGGAAUCGUGCCGCUCAACAAAAUGGAGAAAACGGCGAAACGAGUCAGGGUGGUAGACGGGCAUUUGAUCGAGAACGGGAUAUGCAAGUACAAGGUCUUCAAAAUCUCAGCUCCGAGGAAAUCAAGGCGAAAUGUGGGGCGUUGAAUACACGAUUCGGACACAGCGGGAAUCACAAAUUUUUA